UACCAAUCUAACAUGGAUACCGAAUAGACCCUAAACUUUUGCCCCCCUCCAAUCCAACCUUCUUUUUCUGCUUCCUCCGCUAAACCAUUGCCGCCUUCUCUGGCCACUGCAGAAGUCUCUAUUUCAGCAGCAAGAACAACAACAAAAAGAGUAGCAGCAGCCAUGAAGUUGGACGUGAAUGCUCUUAGAUACCUCUCCAAAGAUGAUUUCCGGGUUCUCACUGCCGUUGAGAUGGGCAUGCGCAAUCAUGAAAUCGUCCCUGCUGAGCUAAUUGAUCGCAUUGCUUCCCUCAGACAUGGAGGUACUUAUAAAGUGCUCAAGAAUUUGCUUAAGCACAAGCUGGUUCAUCAUGACUCUUCUAAAUAUGAUGGUUUUAGGUUAACCUAUCUAGGGUAUGAUUUUCUCGCAAUUAAGACAUUGGUUAAUCGUGGGGUUUUCACGGCAGUUGGUCGUCAAAUUGGAGUUGGGAAGGAAUCUGAUAUAUUUGAGGUCCAAAAUGAAGAUGGGACUGUUAUGGCAAUGAAGCUGCACAGACUUGGUAGAGUUUCCUUUAGGGCUGUCAAGGCGAAACGUGACUACUUGAGGCACAGGAGUAGUUAUAACUGGCUGUAUUUAUCUCGUCUUGCAGCGCUGAAGGAAUUUUCUUUUAUGAAGGCGUUGGAAGACCAUGACUUUCCUGUACCAAAGGCUGUUGACUGCAAUCGGCACUGUGUGAUUAUGUCCCUUAUCCCAGGCUUUCCACUUGUGCAGGUCAAGGAAUUGGAAAACCCGGAUAUUAUUUUCGAAACUGUAAUAGGUUUAAUUGUUCGUUUGGCUGAGCACGGACUUAUCCAUUGUGACUUUAACGAAUUCAACAUCAUGAUUAAUGACGAUGAGAAGGUGACCAUGAUUGAUUUCCCACAGAUGGUAUCCGUAUCUCAUCGCAAUGCGCAAAUGUACUUCGACCGUGAUGUUGAAUGCAUUUUCAAAUUUUUCAAGAAAAGAUUUAAGCUUACAUAUGAACUGCUGUCGGAUGAGGCUGAUGAUAAUGGGGAAACAGAUGAUAAUAGCAGGCCAAGCUUCUCCUCAAUUUUAAAAAAUGGUGAUUCUUUAGACAAGGAACUUGCUGCAAGUGGAUUCACCAAAAAGGACCAGGAGGAACUUGAAAGGUUCAUUGAAGGGACUUCAAAGGACUCAAACUUUGGCGAUGAAGAAGAAACAGAUGAUGAUUCAGGUACUGAAGAUGAAUCAAUCGCCUGUCACCAGACAAUUGACAAUUCAAAUGACACAGACAUCAAGAACUUUGAAUCACUGGGUUUAACAAAGCAGGACGCAAUAGAACGCGAAUGUGAUGCAGAAGACAACGAAGAUAUUUCUUCUACAGCUCCAAGCAAUUCAGAGGUGCAGAGCAGCGGUGACGAGGAUAAAACUGAUGAAGAAAGUGAUGCUGAACUAACAAAACGCCUGGGCAAGCAAAGGCGCAGGGCAAUAGCCUCAGCCCAUAGGAGGCAAAACCUUAAUCACAGAAAUUCCUACAAAGACAAAGGUGGCAAGUCGUCACAGAACUCAAAAAUUCAAAAACAGGCCAUAAGUGGUUGGUAGGAGGUUAAAACUACAUAACACCGCAUUGAACUUUUUGAGGGAAAACGGAAAAGGAUGCAACUCUAGCCAGGUCGUGCGGCAUGAAAGGCAGUGAUGGCACUGAGAUGCUUAUCUAAUCAAAUUCUCGAGUAGAAAGCUUUUUGGAAGAGGAUCCUUCUAGGGAAAUGUUUAUGCGGGGAAUAUUUUUGGAUGAAAUGUUUUAUGUUUACAUUUUUUGAUGAUGUCAUUUUGAAUUUUGUAACAGGGGUAACUUUAUUUUCAAUAUGUUUAUUUAUCUUCUAUUUUUGGGAUAAAAUUGUAAUGUAACAUUUGAUUUUACUUUUUAGCAAGAUGGUAGAUGUUACCUUCAAAAAAAAAAAUUAAAAAAUCCACA